CCUGUUGAUGCCUUCGAGUGAUUUCCAGCGCUUUCACCACAGGGCGGAGCUACAACCGUGUUUUACAAAGCAAGGUUGACGUCUGCAGACAACAAGCGCCAUCUGUUUACCUUCUCGUCCCUGCCUUAAUCAAAACGUCGAACGAUAGUGAAAUAUGGUGACGAAGAGAAUUAGGUCGGAAUACAUGAAGAAAUUUAAAGAUCCGAGAUGGGACACUUAUGCAAAAUGUUAUGAGGAUUUGCUGAAGUACAGACUGUCAAGACGGCUGUUGGAGCAGGCGCACAACCCUUGGUUUUGGGGAGAAUGGGGAAGCGAGACAGGCUCCAGUGGCAAAUCUACUCCUCUAAGUCGGAAUAAAGUCGAACCUCUGAGGCUCCAUGAUGAGAAACCAGAACGAUCUGCAUGUGUGACACCAGAACCUGCAGCUGAACCAGAACCACAGGGAGAAGUCCAGGACAGAGACGCGGCACACAGCAAGCAAGUUACCAGAGUUGCUGAGCAGACUCAUCAGGAGCGGGAGGAAGAAAAUACCAGAGAAUGCUUUCCUGCUCUCAACCCAGAAACUGACACGCAUAUCCUGAACUCACCAAAGAGCAAACGUCGCUCUUCACACAAGCAUACAAGAUCAAAGGUCAUUCCUCAUGUCACCAAAGACCCUGACAAAGAGAACCGUCACCCUUUUGCCCUGUAUGGCUCAGGAGAGAGGCAGACAGAUAUGGCUUCUAAGAAAACCCAUAAUGUUGGUCCUGCAACAUCAACUGCAGAGAUCCAUGAGUCAGCGUUGCGAGCAAAAACCAGAAGGGAGGUGGAAAAACAGAUGAAGAAAUUUGACAAACAAAGAGCCAAAUCUGUUGACUUAGAAAAGAACAUAAAUAAGAUUGUCCCCGAUUUCAACCCCUGGAUGACAGAGUACAUGCGCUGCUUUUCUGCUCGGUCUCGGUAGUAUUACUUUCAGAAAAUGUCUGUGACUAUCUAAACCUCUCAGGCUAAACAACCCAAAACACUCCACGUAAUGACUGGGGCAUCUGUCCAGUUCACUUCCAGUCUUCCAGAAUGGGUCACAAUGAAUUAAACUCAGAUUAUAACUCAAGGUUUUUUAGGGGUUUAUUUACACCAUGGAUAUGUUGCAUUUACUGGUACAUAUCAAACAUGAAAACACAAUCCAUUGAUGCUGCAGGGCAAACUGUCAAACAAUCACAUGCCUUGUUGGUUUGGUAGGUUGCGUAGAUUUACAGGCCAUGAGAUUUACCAGCGUCUCUUUACACUCUUAGCCAAACAAUUAUUUAAAAGUGUUCAGUAAUUGUCAGACAAUUAGAGGCAUAUAAUGUGAUGUGUUGUAAUGUUGUGUAUUAUCUCCAUUGUUUACAUUGAUUAACAUUUAGAGUUAACGUAAAGAAAUCUGUUUUGUAUUUUACAGAUAUUAGUUGCGUCAACAUGAAUCUUUGUGAAGUGUUAAGCAACACUUACUUAAAUAGUCAUUCUAUUAUAUUAAUCUGUUUUCUUUGAUAUGAGCUCUAUUAGAUUUUACUUGUACAUUUGUAAAAAGUCACUGGUAUCCAAAGCAUGAAACAUACACAGCAAAAUGACAAAUCAUGUUUGAAUGAGAUCAUACACAUCAAAGCCAUUCCAGCUGUUCAUCAUCAAGAAUAACUUUCAUUCGGUGUGAUGUUAUUUGGUUUUUAGUAGCACUCAGGUAUUUCGUGUUGUAUUUUACUGUAUGUAACUUAUUUUUUAGGAAUAAUGAGAUUGAGAUAUUUGUACACUAUUUAUAUAAGGAUAUUGAACUGAUUCUGAAUUCAGUAGUUAUAAUUAUUUCAGAUCCACGAGUCAGAAUUGCGAGCAAAAACCAGACAGGAAGUGGAAAAAACAGAUGAAGAAAUCAUUCUUCCAUCAUCUUUAAUGGAAGAAUGCAUGUGUUGUAUGAACAAAUGUACAGGUAUUUUUCCUCAUCGCAUCUUUUUGGUCAGUUCUGGCAUGUAUUAUGCGAAUAGUGUUGGUUUUAGUGUAAAAGUAUUGAAGCCAUAAUGUUUAUUAAAUGAUGUUUAUCAUAAA